UGAAAACGAAACUUAACAGAGAAAAACUGAGCUGAGGUAAAAGUCAGACUGCAGAAGGUUCCUGAGCAGAGAGCAUGGCCUUUCAACAGCAGCCUUUUUACAACCCUAGGAUCCCCUUCACCGGAGCCAUCCAUGGCGGUCUACAGGAGGGGAAGACCAUCACAGUGAGUGGGCGGGUCCUCCCUGGAGCUGACAGGUUCGCUGUGAACUUACAGUGCGGGUCCAAACCCAACGCAGACAUCGCUCUGCACGUUAACCCUCGCUACGACAGCGGUCCGGCUGUAGUGGUCACCAACACCCUGCAGAGGGGCAGCUGGGGCGUGGAGGAGAGGAAGCCCAACUCCCACCUGCCCUCUGGAUCACCCUUCAACCUGGUGAUCACCGUCACCCAACAUGCCUUCCAGCUGAGUGUCAAUGGAAUCCAUCUGAUGAAUUAUGGACACCGGAUUCCAUUCCAUCGGGUCGACACCAUCUCCGUAUCUGGCACAGUGGAAGUUUCUGCCAUCACUUUCCAGAACCCCAUGGUGAGGAUAAGUGUCCUUAACCCAGUCCUUAUGGGGGGGGGGGUGCACAGUGGGAUUAACGUUGUGCUUUGUUGCCCUGCACAGCCGGCGUUUCCUUCGCAGCCUGCCUUCGGUGCAGCUGUAGCCUUCCCCGCCCACUCUGCCUACCCCUCUGGUCCGGCCUUCCCGCCUCAGCCUGGAUUCCCUGCUCAGCCCGGUUUUAUUCCGGCGGCGCCGGUGGUUCCGUACCGGAGCGUCAUCAGCGGCGGACUGAGGCCCGGCAGGACCAUCACCAUCCAGGGGACGGUCCUCCCCACCGCAACCAGGUUUAAUGUGAAUCUGAGUCACCCAACUGGAAUCGCCCUCCAUUACAACCCGCGCUUCAGCGAGAACACCGUGGUCCGAAACACCAAGACCAGGGAGCAGUGGGGGUCCGAGGAGCGUGGGGGGAUGCCCUUCCACCGGGGGCAGCCUUUCUCUCUGACCAUCUGCUGUGAGAGUCACCACUUCAGGAUGGUGGUGAAUGGGAUGCAGGCUCACACCUACGCGCACCGCUUCACCGCCCUGCACGCCGUCAACACCCUGGAGAUCGACGGCGACAUCACCCUGACCUCAGUCGUGGUGUAAAACCAGGGGAUGGAGACCCCCCCCCCCCAUAAAACCACCGCAUUCCUACAGCAUGUACCGCAGGCUUUAAACAGCUGAUGAAUAUUUCCUGUUUGGUUUGGAUAAUGUUUGACAUGUCAUUAAAUAUUCUCUGAAAAUCCACUGAAAUAAACACAAGCACAUUUGUAUCGUG